GAAGAUUUGGAGGGAUGAUCAAAAAUGGCUGCUGCGCAGUUCAUCUGCAAAUAGUUAAUUCUGUCUAUAAUGAACAAAAUAUUUGGUUGUUAGCUUGGUAGUGGGGAUCUGGUGAAGUGAAGGAUGCAGAGAGCCCUGUCGAGCUUUUCCUUCGCCCCCGCUGUGAAAGUGCGGCUGAUCAAUGCUGGCUUUCAUUCCGCUGCUGACCUGAGUGACUUCCGACCUGCGCAACUCAGUAAAGAGGCGGGAAUCUCCCAGGAGGAAGCGGAAGACGUGCUGCAGGCCGUGCAGUCGGAACCCAGCCAGGGGAGGGCGGUAGCGAGCAGGCUGACGGCCCUGGACCUCCUGGAGCGCGAGCAGGCCCUGGGCUCCAUAGUCACGUUCUGCUCCGACCUGGACUGCGUGCUCGGGGGAGGCGUGCCCGUGGGCAAGACCAUGGAGAUCUGUGGAGCCCCUGGUGUGGGCAAAACCCAGCUGUGGAUGGAUAAUGGACAAUCCUGCAGAUGGAUACCAAUAAAGGAAAGAGUAUGCAUCCAGCUGGCUGUGGACGUCCAGAUUCCAGUGUGUUUCGGUGGACUAGGAGGCCAAGCGGUGUACAUAGACACAGAGGGCGGCUUCUUUGUCCAGCGGGCUGCAGACCUGGCCCAGGCGGCCGUAGACCACUGCAGCCUGCUGGCAGAGGACGCGGAACAGCGGGAAGCCUUGAAGGAGUUCACCGUGGAAACCAUCCUCUCCAACCUCUUCCUCUUCCGUUGUCAUGACUACGUGGAGCUGUUGGCUGAGAUCUACCUCCUGCCAAACUUCCUGGCGCAGCACCCCGAGGUUCGGCUGGUUGUGAUCGACAGCAUCGCCUCUCCGUUUCGCCGGGACUUCGAGGACCUGUUUGAGAGGACGAGGCUUCUGAGCGGCCUCGCCCUGCGACUCUUCAAAAUGGCCGUCCAGCACAGUACUGCGGUUGUGCUGACCAAUCAGAUGACUACAAAAAUUGUGAAUGGCCAAUCGAAGCUUGUUCCAGCUUUAGGUGAAAGUUGGGGUCAUGCUGCAGCGCAGAGACUCAUCCUGCACUGGGAAGGACAGCAGAGACUGGCGUCUCUCUGCAAGUCUCCCACCUACAAGGAGGCAACAGUUCCUUACCAGAUCACUGGUGAUGGCUUCCGGGACGUCGCCCGUCCUUGUCUCCCAGGGCCCUCGUCCGACCCCCCCGCGUCUGCUCUGGGCAACGCACGCAAACGCCCCCGCCUGGAGGAAGACGGUCCUCCCUGAAGUAUUUACUGCUCUGGGGGUCAAAGGUCAUCUCCACUUCAGCAGGAACCUUUAAGUAUGCAAGUCUAGGAAGACAUUUCAGUCUGAGAGUUUCAUGCUCUGACUCCACGUCAAAGUGGAGUGUGAGAAAUCUAAAGUACUGUGAGAAAUUUGCAGGUUGCAGGAAGGCUGGAACAGGAAUCAUCGAAUCACGGUCCUCGAGGGCCAAGAACUGCUGCUUUACCACCAUCCCUUGACAGUGGCUAAUGCUGUGACAUCACCCAGCACAUUCCUGGGACUAAAUGAGUUGCAAAAUACUUGUCAAGCUUCUACAUGUAACUGCAAAGCCAAACCGUUGGAUGCCCGUGAUGAACCGCGUUUGUUGUUUUUGGCUGUGAAUUUGGAUCAGCUGGAAGCGAGGUGGAGAUUUUGGGUGGUUGAAACACCAUGCAGCGGGGUAAGGAAACGCAGCGUAGUUGCCGUUCGUCAGUGCAGCUCUUGAGCUUUCUCCAGGGCCAGUCCUGCGCACUGAUGGUCCAUUAGCCUCUCUGAAAGUUCACAAAGGCACCAGUGGUUUGUCUCUUGAGUUAUUAUGAGUCGUGCCAGGAAAAAUCUCACACACAAAAAAUUUCAGGGAAAUGUCAAAUAAUACUUAGUAUUCUUUCAUGCAGCUCUACCUUUAAAAGCCAGUCACUUUUCCUUAACGAAUGAAUCCAGGAUUUAAAGCCUUUCAGGGGCUGGAGACGUGUGGUGUCUGGACCCUCUGUCCUCAUCGCUGUGUGACCUGAAUGGGCCUGGAUCUGGUGUACCACGGGCAGGGGGGAUCAGCUGGCCCCUCCUCAGCCAUGGGUUCUGACUCGGCCGGCACCUGUGUUAGUCCUUGACCGUUUCGCCCCUGGACCUGUUUCAUAUAUGAGUCAAUCUCUGCCGCAGCAUAGAUAUUUCAUAAGGCUUCACCGCAGUUGCAGAAUGAGAUGGCUUCUGAUGCAUCUCUGUAAUUAAAUUAUACACUUAAAAGCUGGCCUCAGCAGUUGCAUUGGAGAGUAAGGUAAAAUAUGAGCACUUGGCCUAAUGUUGUCUGGCGUGGUAUAGAGAAGUACAUAUGGGGGGAGCACCAGUUGCAGUCCAAAUCUUUGCCCACUGAAGACUCCGAUUUGAGCAGAGCCAGGAGUGUUCAUUAUUUAUAUUUUGUUGGAUAGACCCUUUCAGCCUGAAGGAGAACACCAGUCAAAAUUGAUUUGACAUGUUGCAUCUAUGACUCAGUGUGUGUUUUGAUGUAUGCUGUAUGCUAGGCACCAGAACUGAAUUGCACCCAAAAUUCUGCCAACAUGUAAUGAUGUCCACCGCCAGCCAUUUCCCCGUUCAUCGUUUAAGUACUGCACCACCCCUGUUUACACCACCCACUGCGCACACACAGACACACACACAGGCACACACACACACACACACACACACACACAAAAAUACACACACAUGCACACGUACAUAUAGUCAUUAACAAGGAUUUCUGUGGAUUUUUUUGUUUUAGUUUUUUGCACCAUUCUUUGCAAACUCUAGAGACUAGUGUGCUUGAAAAUCCCAGGAGAUCAGCUGUUUCUGAGAUACUCAAACCACCAUGUGUGCCACCAACAAUCAUUCCACGGUCAAAGUCACUUGGGUGACAUUUUUACCCCAUUCCGAUGGUUGAUGUGAACUGAAGCUCCUGACCCGUAUCUACAUGAUUGUAUGAAUUGCACUGCUGCCACACAAUUGGCGGUUUAGAUAAUCACAUGAAUAAGUAGGUGUAAUAAAGUGUAAAAAAAUGUUCCUUAUGAAGUGCUUGAUGAGAGUAUAUAUGCACAGAUACACACAUCCUUCUGAUAUGACAGACAAACGUUUGUGAAAGGAAUCAUCAAAUCCCUCUAAGUAGUAGCAGUGUGUUUCAAGCGAGAGCGAAACGUCUGGAAAGUUUGAAGCUACUAAUGAACAAAAGGAAAUUUUCAUUUUUACUAGAUACAAUGUGUUUGUUGGUCUAUGAAAGGUACAAGGGUUUGCAUCAUUUACAGUUUUCAAAGAAGUGUUUUUGCCUCAUGGCCUCAUCUUUCACAUCUUUUAAAAUAAAGAAUUUGAAUUUGUUAAGGGUUUGAUUUUUUUUUUGCGAAAAUCAAUGUUUA